AUGGUCCCUAUAAAUUUGCUUUGAUGCUAUUAGACUUUAUAGGUGUCUAGUACAGAAACACAUCAAAGAAAAGAAAAAAGUUUCUUUGAGACAAAGUAAUUACAAAUGGCUUCAUUUGGCAAUUUGAUGAGUAUUUUGGUUUUAUGUAUAAUCAUUGACUCUGGACAUGCCCAAUUGCAGCUUAAUUUCUAUGCCAAGAGUUGUCCAAAAGCAGAAAAAAUUAUUAAAGACUAUGUCCAGCAGAAAGUUCCAAAGGCUCCAAAUACUGCAGCACAAAUACUCAGAAUGCAUUUCCAUGAUUGUUUUGUGAGGGGUUGUGAUGGAUCUGUGCUUCUUAAUUUCACUUCGAGUACAGGAAAUCAGACUGAAAAACAAGCUAAUCCUAAUCUGACAUUGAGAGGCUUCUCCUUCAUUGAUGCCGUGAAGAGAUUAGUUGAAAAGGAAUGCCCCGGUGUUGUCUCUUGUGCUGAUAUUAUUGCCUUGGUUGCUAGAGAUGCAGUUGUAGUUACAGGAGGUCCUUUUUGGAAUGUGCCAACUGGUAGAAGAGAUGGAACAAUAUCAAAUGUCUCAGAAGCCAAUGCUGAUAUCCCAGCUCCAACUAGUAACUUCACAAGACUACAACAGUCUUUCGCAAAGAAAGGUCUUGAUCUGAAGGAUUUGGUCCUGUUGUCUGGUGGCCACACAAUUGGAGUGUCUCAUUGCUCCUCAUUUACGGAGCGUCUGUACAAUUUCACCGGGGUUGUUGGCACACAAGAUCCAUCUCUAGACAGCGAAUACGCGGAUAAUCUCAAGUCAAGAAAAUGCAAAUCAAUCAAUGACAAUACCACUAUAGUUGAGAUGGAUCCAGGAAGUUUCAAGACGUUUGAUCUUAGCUACUACAAGCUUUUGCUCAAAAGGAGAGGCCUAUUCCAAUCUGAUGCAGCCUUGACAAAACGCUCUACAACAAAAUCAUUUAUUGAACAACUUGUCGAUGGAUCGCUCAAAGAAUUCUUCGCCGAAUUUGGUAAGGCCAUGGAGAAAAUGGGGAAAGUUGAAGUUAAGACAGGCAGUGCUGGUGAAAUCAGGAAGCAAUGUGCAUUUGUGAAUAGCUAAAUGUUCUGCUUUCUUUAUUAUUUCGGAAUUUCAAUUAUUUUGUGAUUGUAUUUUUAUGUGUCCUCUGAGUGAUUAGUUUGGUGUAAUAUGUAUUAUGUACUUCUACAUUUACUAUAUUAUAAUUUUGCAGUUUGCUGGUGUUGUAGCAAUAAAAGUUAUGCCAAGAGCAGUUCCUA